AUGAGUUCAGAUACAAAGAUUGCUUGCGUGAUGGUAGGACUUCCCGCUCGUGGAAAGACCUAUAUAGCACAAAAAGUUUGUCGAUAUCUUCAAUGGUUAAGCGUCUCGACAAAGGUAUUUAAUGUUGGUAAUUAUCGACGUAAGCUUCAUGGUGCACAUCAGAUGCACUCGUUUUUCGACCCCAACAAUAAGGAGGGUGAAAUUGCGCGUAGGGAAGCGGCAGCUGAAGCCCUCAAAGAUAUGUUGAGAUGGUUCGAAGUUGAAAAUGGCACGGUAGCCAUAUUUGAUGCUACAAAUUCCACCCGGGAAAGACGAACUUUCAUUCUUAAUCAUUGCAAGAAACAAAAUAUUCAAGUCAUCUUCAUUGAGACGGUUUGUCAGGAUGAGAAUCUCAUCUUGCAAAACAUAAUGGAUGUUAAACUAUCAUCUCCUGACUAUAAGGAUAUGGAUCCCGAAAAGGCAGCCGAGGACUUUCGUGCUAGAAUUUCCCAUUAUGAGGAAGCGUAUGAAACUAUCACGGAGAACGAUUUCACUUAUAUCAAGCUCAUCAAUGUUGGAAGUCAAGUAGUGAUUAAUCUGAUUCAAGGAUACCUUCAGAGUCGGAUUGUAUAUUAUUUGAUGAAUUUACAUAUUAUGCCUAGAAGUAUUUUCUUUAGUAGGCAUGGGGAGAGCAUCUUUAAUCUAUUGGGGAAAAUUGGUGGUGAUUCCGAUCUAUCUCCACGUGGUCGUAAAUAUGCCAAUGCUUUACCUAAACUGAUUCAUGAAAACUUGGGCAAUCAACCAUUGACAGUCUGGACAUCCACAAUGAGACGAACAAUACAAACCUCAGAACAACUGCCAUAUCCAAAAUUACAAUGGAAGGCAUUAGAUGAAUUGGAUGCAGGGGUCUGUGAUGGAAUGACAUAUGAAGAAAUUGAGGAAAGAUAUCCUGAAGAUUACGCUAAUCGAGACGAAGACAAGUUUAACUACCGAUAUCGUGGUGGUGAGUCUUACCGGGAUGUUGUCCUUCGUUUGGAACCAGUGAUAAUGGAACUUGAAAGGCAGCAAAAUAUCCUAAUAGUGGGACAUCAGGCUAUCCUUAGAUGCAUCUAUGCAUAUUUCCACAAUUUACCUCAUGACGAAUUGCCGUAUAUUAAAAUUCCUUUACAUACAGUUAUUAAAUUAACUCCAAAGGCGUACGGGUGUGCCGAGGUUAGAUACAGGGUAGAGAUUGACGCGGUGGAUACACAUAGGCCUAAACCUCAGCCAAAACCGCCAAAACCAGUUAUUAAUGGCAACUCAAUCUCCAGCUCAAACCUAACUAAUGUCGCAAGUUAA